AUGUUUGAUGGGGUUUUAUGGUAUCUUUUCCAAUGGAUUUUUCUUAUUGCUUUGGGAUAUUUUGGCUUUUAUCAGUUGGCAUAUAUAACUGCAGAUGAUGAAUCAACAAAUCCAGAGGGAAGGAAACUAUUUGAUAAUAAAGAAGGCAAUAUAAGUAACGAAAAUACGCAAAAUAAUGAAUCAUUAAAUACUACAAAAGAAAAAAAACAAUUUUUAUUUAAUUUAACAUCUUCAAAUGAUAAUCAUAAUCAUAACAAUAAAACGACUAUACAAAAUUCAAAUGGUUCUAAUUUAUCAACAUCGAGUAGAAAUAUAUCAGAUAGUAGUUGGACGAACGAAUUAAUAAAUUGGUUUUUUUAUAAUACUCAUCGUGUUCCAAAACCAUUAGACUGCUGGAUUAAUGGAUUAAAUGAAGCUGCAAGAAAAAUUAAUAAUCCUAAUAAAACAGAAAUACUAUUUGAAGGCUAUGGUGACCAUUCAAAUAUUUAUGAAUCACCAUCUCUUAAUAAUAUUCGUGUUGAAAGUGGGCCUCGUGAACAAUUGACAUUUAAAGCAAAUAUUUAUGUACCAGGUGUAAUAAUAAAAAUUGUAACUUCUCAAAAUUUGAAUGAUAAACUUUUAGUUGCUAGUUAUGAUUCACAUAUACUUCAUUUAUCAGGUGAAAUUGAAGGAAGACUUGCAAGUAUUGCAAAUCAACUUUAUUUUAUGGGAUGUUUUAAUGGGAGACCAGAAUUUAAGAUUGAUUUAGUUAAUCGUGAUAAUACUUUGCAGAAUACAUCAAUUGAUAAACAUAAUAUUGAAGAUGCUGUAAGAAGGUGCAUUAUUUUAGCUGUAACAAAUAUUAAUUUGAGUGAUUUAAAUGUAUCUGAUAAUAGUGAACAUUUUAAUGACACUGCAACAAAUAUUUCUAGUAUGCCAGUACAUGAAGUGGUAAAACGAUUAUACAAAUCUCAGAUUCCAACAUCUAUUGAUAAUGAUAAUUUUCAAUCUAAUAAACUUAGAGUUAAAAUUAUUAGAGCUCAAAAACUUGGUUACAAUAAAACAGUUUUACAACCAUAUGUUAUUGUUGAAAUGGAUGAACCAUCUAGAAGAUACAAAACAAGUAAUGGUAUAAAUGUAAAUCCAUAUUGGGAAGAAUCAUUUGAUUUUAUAGUUACUCCAUGUAGUGAAGAAAUACUUUUUGAAGUUUAUGAAGGUGAUCCAUCAUUAUGUAAAACAAACCAACCAAAUAAUUCAACAAUUUUACCAAAUAAAGAUAACCAACAAGAAGAUGAUCAAUUAUUUUUAGGAUUAGCUAUUGUAGGAUUAGAUGAGUUAAGAAAAUCAAAUGAAUCACUUCAUUGUUUACGUCUUCAAGGACGACCUUAUAAAAAUGAUAAUGUUUCAGGAACAUUAACAGUUGAAUGUCAAUUUUACCAUGAUCCAACAGUUAAAGAAAUUGGAGAAUAUCAUGAUGAGUUUAUUGCAACUGAUAAUAAUAGUGGAGUUACUGUAAAAGAAACAGUAAUAGUUACAAAAACACCAUUAUCUCAGAAUGACGAUAUGAAUAAUCAACAAAUUGAUAUAACACCAACACGAACAACAACAUUAACUGUUAAAACAAUAUCACAACAAUUAAAGGAAAAACCAUUAAUUAAAUCUGUUCAUGGAUCUCUGGAAAAUGCUAUGGAUCCUGUAACAAGUAAAGCAUUAGAAGAUCAUUUGAGAAAUCUAAAUAUUGAUGAAAUAAAAAGAAGAAUGACACCACCAGCAGAUCAUGUAAUUAUUUCAGAAUCUGAUGAAUAUGAUAUUGUACAUCAUCAUCAUCAAAAUAAUCUUACUUAUAUAGAUAAUUAUAAACCAACAAAUAAAGUUAAAACUAUAUAUUCUUCAGACACAAUGUCAAGAACAAUGGAUAAUAUAAUGACAAAUAUAUCUACUGAUAAAACACGUUCAUCAAGAGGUCGUGAGAAAUCUGGAAAUGUUAAAGAAAAACGUGAUAACUCAUUUUUUGGUCAAUUACGUGAUCGUCUUAGUGGACGUAGAAGUAAAUCAAAACUUCGUGCAAAAAGUGUAGAUUAUGAAAAAAAUCAGGAACUUGAAGAAGAUAUAUCAUUACCACCAUCACGUGAACAAUCACGUACUAGAUAUGGUAGUGAAUUUACAAGAAGUUUUGUUGAAACAAAAUCAAUUGGAAAUGAAUCAAAUAUUUCUAUGGAAGGUAAUCAUGAAAGUACUAUUAUAUUGGAAUUGUCCCAAGGAAAUAAUCAUAAACAAUACUUCCUUAUACCACAAAAAAUUGUUAAUGAAACAGCUAUACAACGAUUAUUAAAAAGAGGAAAAAAAUUACACGUAUCUAAUGAUCAUAUAUUUGUUGCCGUUAAAAUUCGUGGAGGAACUGUUUGUAAUGUUUGUAAAAAUAAAAUAGCAGGUAGUUUCUCUAAACAAGCUUAUCAAUGUCGAGACUGUCGUUUGGUUUGCCAUAAAAAAUGUCACACAAAAACAAUUUCCCCAUGUCAACAAACAAAUUAUCACAAUCUUUCAAUUAUCAAAGAUGUUGAUUGGGGACAUUUUUUUACAACUCAUCAUUUAGAAGAAUUUAUUUCUCCUCCUGGAGUUUAA